GAUCAUGGAGCGCUCCUCAGGAGAACAUGGAGAGAUCAUGGAGCGCUCCUCAGGACAAGAUGGAGAGAUCAUGGAGCGCUCCUCAGGAGAAUAUGGAGAGAUCAUGGAGCGCUCCUCAGGAGAAUAUGGAGAGAUCAUGGAGCGCUCCUCAGGAGAAGACCUCCUUAUCCCUAAUGUCCAUCCAGAUCUAUCAUAUAAUAAUCCCCCUGAUCAUCAGGAACCUUUUCCUCACCAACCACACAUUGUCACCACAAGGACAGGUCAGGAAGGGGGGAAAAAGAAUCAAUGUGAUGAAUGUGGGAAAGAGUUUACAAAAAGAUCAUCUCUUAUUACACACAGAAAAUGUCACACAGGAGAGAAGCUGUAUGUGUGCACAGAAUGUGGGAAAUGCUGUAAAAAGCAAUCGCAUCUUGUUAUACAUGAGAGAAUUCACACAGGAGAAAAGCCAUAUUCAUGUUCAGAAUGUGGGAAAUGUUUUACAAGUUCAUCAGAUCUUGCUAAACAUAAGAGAACUCACACAGGAGAGAAGCCGUAUUCAUGUUUAGAAUGUGGGAAAUGCUUUAAAAGUAAAUCAGAUCUGGCUAAACAUAAGAGAACUCACACUGGAGAAAAGCCAUAUUCAUGUUCAGAAUGUGGGAAAUGUUUUGCACAAAAACCACGUCUGGUUACACAUGAGAGAAUUCACACAGGAGAGAAGCCGUAUUCAUGUUUAGAAUGUGGGAAAUGUUUUCCAGCCAAAUCAUAUCUUGUUAUACAUGAGAGAAUUCACGCAGUAGAGAAGGCAUAUCCAUGUUCAGAAUGUGGAAAACGUUUUACACAAAAAUCCUAUCUUGUUACACAUGUGAGAAUUCACACAGGAGAGAAGCCUUAUUCAUGUUUAGAAUGUGGGAAAUGCUUUAAAGCUAAAUCAGAUCUUGUUAAACAUGAGAGAGUUCACACAGGAGAGAAGCCAUUUUCAUGUUCAGAAUGUGAGAAAUGCUUUAUAAGUAAAUUCCAGCUUGUUACACAUAAGAGAAUUCACACAGGAGAGAAGCCAUUUUCUUGUUCAGAAUGUGAAAAAUGCUUUAGAAGUAAAAUCCAGCUUAUUACACAUCAAAGAAUUCACACAGGAGAAAAACUACAUUCAUGUUCCGAAUGUGCAAUAUGUUUUCCAUGUAAAUCACAUCUCUCUGUACAUGAGAGAAUUCACACAGGAGAGACGUCAUAUGUAUGCUCAGAGUGUGGGAAAUGUUUUACAUCUAAAUCAGGUCUUGUUAGGCAUGAGAGAGUUCACACAGGAGAGAAGCCAUAUUCAUGUUCAGAAUGUGGGAAAUGCUUUACACAAAAAGCACUGCUUGUUACGCAUGUGAGAAGGCACACAGGAGAGAAGUCAUAUGUAUGCUCAGAAUGUGGGAAAUGUUUUACAUUUAAAUCAAAUCUUAUUGCACAUGUGAGAAGUCACACAGGUGAGAAACCAUAUUCAUGUUCAGAAUGUGGGAAAUGCUUUACACAAAAAGCACCGCUUGUUACACAUGUGAGAAUUCAUACAGGAGAGAAGCCAUAUUCAUGUUCAGAAUGUGGAAAAUGCUUUACACAAAAAACAGUGCUUGUUAAACAUGUGAGAAGUCACACAGGAGUGGAGCCGUAUUCAUGCUCAGAAUGUGGAAAAUCGUUUACUUAUAAAUCAGCUCUUGUUACGCAUGAGAGAAUUCACACAGGAGUGAGGCCAUAUUCAUGCUCAGAAUGUGGGAAAUUGUUUACAUGUAAAUCAGCUCUUGUUACGCAUGAGAAAAGUCACACAGGAGUGAAGCCACAUACAUGUUCAGAAUGUGGGAAAUGUUUUAUAAAUAAAUCAGAUCUUGCUCGGCAUGAGAGAAUUCACACAGGAGAGAAGUCUUAUUCAUGUUCAGAAUGUGCGAAAUGUUUUAGAAAUAAAUCAGAUCUUGUUAGACACCAGAGAAUUCACACACGAGAGAAGUCGUAUUCAUGUUCAGAAUGUGGGAAAUGUUUUAUAAAUAAAUCCGAUCUGGUUAAACAUGAGAGAAGUCACAAAGGAGAUAAGUCAAAUUCAUGUUUAGAAUGUGGGAAAUGCUUUAUAUAUCAAUCAGCUCUUUCUAGACAUAAGAGAAUUCACACAAGAGAGAAGUCUCAUCAGUCAAACCUCCCAGUGAGUUGUUGAAAGUGAAAGGAUUCUAAGGGAGAUGGUCCUUGAUAGAAAUGACAUGUGGCCUAAGUCCUAUACAACAGUAUCCGUGGCUUCGUUGCUGGAUAUCUAUAUACAUGCCUCUAGAGAUGAGCGAACUUACAGUAAAUUUGAUUCGUCACGAACUUCUCGGCU